AUGUCCUCAGCUCAGGAAAUUAUAGCCGCAUAUCCCGUUGCUGUGCCGGAACGGCAGACACAGACCCUACCUGGCCUUGACAAGCGUAUGAAUCCCCACUUGGAGUACACAAAACUCGAGGUGUGGGACGACAACGGCAAACCUAGCCUUGUCGAGUACACAGGCAGCGGAAAACUGCUGGGAAAGACGGCUAUAAUCACCGGAGGCGACAACGGGAUCGGACGUGCAGCUGCAAUCAUGUUCGCCCGAGAGGGUGCGUCUGGUAUCACCAUCGCCCACCUUCCAGAAGAGUUAGAGGACGCGAAAGAUGCGAAGAAAAUGAUCGAGGACUCCGGUGCUAUGUGCGACGCCGUCUUGGCCAACCUCAUGGAUGACUUUACCUGCCAGAAGCUUGUCGAGAACCACAUUCUAUCAUUUGGAAAGCUGGACAUCCUCGUCAACAAUGCGUCGAAGCAAAUCAUGAACAAACAAAACUUCGCCGAAAUCGAUCUCAGAAUAGUCGAAAGCACAUUCCGCUCGAAUAUCCUCCAGAUGUUUGCAAUUACGAAGUACGCGCUGCCUCAUCUCAAGCGCGGCUCGAGCAUCAUCAAUACCACCUCCGCGACGGCGUACAGAGGAUCAGCCAGGCUCGUCGACUAUAAGGGUGCCAUCCUGACCUUCACUCGGAGCCUUGCUUUGCAGCUCAUGCCCAAAGGUAUCCGCGUUAACGCGGUCGCCCCUGGUCCCAUUGUCACGGCCCUCCAAGCUGGCUCACGCUCUGAAGAGAACAUGGAGGGAUGGGGCGUCGGGACACCUCUGCACGGACGUGCAGGCCAACCGGCUGAAGUAGGACCCUCUUACGUAUUCUUGGCUUCGAGGGACUCGAACAUCAUGACUGGACAGGUCAUACAUGUCAAUAGUGGCGAGCAUAUCGGAGGGUCAUAA